GUAAGAAGCAAGGAAAAAAAUACAAAACAAAAUAAAACUUGAAUAUAAAAAAAUAGUACAGGGAUGUUGGGAACGGACUGGAAUAAAGACAUGUUGUUAACAGCCCAAAUAGAGAUCACAUUCAUUGAUUUCCUUUAGGUGACAAUGGUAGGGAGGUUAUUUAGCCUAGAAAUAUAUAGAGAUAUCCGUCACAGUUUUAAGAAAGUCUUCCAAGUUAUAUAGGCAGUUCAGUUUGUAACCACUUUCUUGUUAUUUGUCGGUACAUUAUCAUGUUUCGUCUCAGAGAUAACAAUGUAUGGGAACAUACAGCGUCUGGCUGAGCUAGAGGAACAGAGGGAAACUUAAAGAGCAGCAGGGACUGCCACAUAUCAGACAUUAGCUAUGAUAUCAAAAUGUGUAAUCCUUGUUUCAGGAACAGCAGAACAAGAUCAAUCAUGGCUAAUGAAAUAUUGGUGAUACAUGGGCAAAGGUUACACAAUUUUCAUGUUUUCAUCAGAUGGCCCUCACUGAUUGGCCCUGCCUAUUGGCUCAGCUUCCAUGUAUGUAGAUACAAAACAAAAAUGUUGUAGCUGUCACACAAAUUGUUUUCAGACGUCCCCCCCAACUGUACAAUCUGAGACACAAUAAUAUGGUAGUCUUAUUAGGUGUGUGCCUAAAUGUGUCUCACAGCGUGUAAUGUCAUAAAAUAGGCUGCCACCAGAGGGCAGCAGUGCUUAUUGUAUUAGAGCUCACUGCAAGCUGUGUGGUUUCUCUGUGGAUUCAUUUUGUAUUUAGUGAUGUUCACUGGGAUUGAACUGAUCUGUAGUGUACCUGUAACAGAGGUAGUGGAGGGUGAUCCCAAGACGUGUCAGAUCACAAACUCAGUAUCUGACAGACAUUUAAAGUGACAUUUAAACUUUUUUUCUUUUUUUUUUUAGAAUUAUGCACACUCCAAACAAAUACGGAGCAACGUAUCACUAGAAAGUUGGUUUGUCCACCCCUAACAUAAGAAACAAGAAUGCACAGUCCAUAGGUCUCUCUUUCAACAAACAGCUAACCUAACCAACAUAUUAAAGGUCCAGUGUGUAACAUUGAGGAGGCUCUGUUGUCAGAAAUGGAAUAUAAUGUUCAUAGCUAUGUUUUCAUUAGUGAAUAACCACCUGAGAUAAGAACUGUGGUCUUUUUCUUACAUUAGAAUGAGCUGUUUGUAUUUACAGAUGCAGCGUGUCGUCUUGCUUGGAAGCCGCCAUGUUGAACCGCCAUGUUUCUACAGUAGCCCAGAACGGACAAACCAAACACUCUAAAUAGGGCCGUUUUUUUGCAGCUACCAUAGUUUGUGCUGUUUGCACUUGGAAGGGGAGGCAAGCAGUUGCUAUCUGUAACUACACUGCUAGAUUCCACUAAAUCCUCCACACUGCUCCUCUAACACAAUGUGUGACAUUAUGCAGUUAGCUGGUCCGUGUAUGUUUUGGUCAUUGGAUUUUCCUUUCAGAAACGGGUAUUAAAAAACAGAAAACGAGAGGUUAUUUGAUUUUCGUUUUAAAAUACAAAAAUUCAAAUUGAAAUACAAGGCGUUUUUCUUUUUCAUGGUCAAAAAGGGAUGAGCGAAAUUAAAAAAAUGAUUCAAUUUUCAUUUUCUAUUUCAUAUAACAAAAAAUAAAAUCACUAGAAAACAGAAACAUGCGGAGAAACAGCGUAUUUACUUCCGGUUUUCAAAAUAAAGGUAUUUAGAGCCGUACGCUAUAAUUAAAAUAUGUUACAUUAAAGUGUUGUGCCCCUGAUGAAUAAAAAAACACUUUAUAUCAAGUAUCUUCACUGCACCAGUGUGGAGAAAUGCCGAAAAUAAAAGUCUCAUAUUUAUGCCUCCAGAGAUUGCAUAUUUGACCAUAUUUGAGGUACUGUAAAAACAUAUUGCUCAGUGUUUCCUGGCUACCGAUGGUAUAUUUGACUUUUACACAUAUGAGACUACAAACACACUUAAUAUCAAGCAUUUUUACUGUACAAAUUUGGAGAAAUUCAACAAUAAAAGUCCCAUAUUUAUACUUCCAGAUUCCAUAUUUUCUUAUAUUUGAGCUACGUAUUUUCUUAUAUUUGAGCUAUGUAACAUAUUAAAAUAUGUUACAUAUGAAAAAGAAAAACGCCUUGUAUUUCAAUUUUCAUUUUUGUAUUUUAAAACGAAAAUCAAAUAACCACUCGUUUUCUGUUUUUUAAUACCCGUUUCUGAAAGGAAAAUCCAAUGACCAAAACAUACACGGACCUUAGCUAAGGGGUAUGAGAUAGGAUGGACCGGGUUGAUUAGCCUGCUAACUUCAAUAACACAAUACAUAGAAAGUCUGUGAUAAUGUCAAAAGUGUCAUUUUUGUUCAUCUUUCACAAAUUGACAUUUUCUAAAUAUACAUAUUAUAUAUUAAAUAUAACUGACCGUUAAAUAUUCAUUUUCAUUCAUUUUACUAAGAUCCUCCUAAAUGUUACACACUGGACCUUUAAUGUAAAACUAGAGGUAAAACCCCCUGACCCAAUCUCUAAAGUCCACUUCCUCUUACAUUCACAGAUUCUGCAGAAUGCUGAUGUGAGUUUGUGGUCAAACUGCAAGUGGCUCUUUAGAGAUUGUUCAGUGAAAUAGAAUGAAUUCCCUGGUUCACUGCUGUCGGAUGAUUCAGGAAAUUCACAGGAGCGGAAAGACAAGGUUUCCCUCCCACAGAAUCACAGGAAAAGGCAAAGAAAAAGGACAUUUUCUGUCUCUGAGGGGAAAAUCAUCAUCUUUAGUAUAGUCACCACCAUCUGUUGUUUCAUACUUGCACUGGCGUAUUCUUCAAGUCUCCAAAUUUGGAUUAUAAAGCAUUAACCAGGAUUAAGUAAAACUGGAUUAUUCACCAGGGAGACACAAAAUAGAAAUUGGCAAAAAUCGGAUGUGAGUCAACAGCAGUUAGAGGUUGCUAUAGUUACAUAUUAAUCACUGUGAUAGCAGGAUCCAGGACCUUCAGGUUCCACCAUGCUGUACUUCCAGGUGGUGAUCCUGGCAGCUACAGUGAUGCUGGUUUACUACUGUGAGUUCACGGACACUUUCAGUCCGGCAGAGCAGGGCUUCAUCUGCAGAGACCCGACUUUGACUAAACCAGAUCCCGGACCUGAGCAGGACAGCCGCAUCCAGCCUGUAAUACUGUACUCUGUGGUGGGCGGGCUGCCUGUUGUACUGAUCUCAGGUGUAGAGCUAGUUAUCUUUCUUCUUCACUACAACUCCAACAACCUGUACGACCAAGAGAAGGUUGUUGUCAUGGGUGACUGUUGCUAUGUGAACCCCAUGGUGCGCAGGACCUUCCGUUUCCUUGGUGUGUACGUUUUCGGUCUGUUUACAACAGACAUCUUCGUCAACGCGGGUCAGUUUAUCACAGGAAGUCUGGCUCCUCACUUCCUUUCUGUUUGCCAGCCCAAUUACACUGCCCUCGGCUGCCAGGACACAACACACUUUGUCAGCCAAUCAGACGCUUGCACUGGAGAUCCCGAAGACAUCAUGAGAGCUAGAAAGACCUUCCCGUCCAAAGAGGCAGCGCUGAGUCUGUAUACAGCUGUUUACCUGGCAAUGUACGUCAUGUCUUGUGUCGGUUCAAAAGGAGGUCGUCUGACUGGCCCCCUCCUUAGUCUCUCAUUGGUCAGUCUGGCUGUGCUGACAGGCGUCAACAGAGUGGCAGAGUACCGAAACCACUGGAGUGAUGUCAUUGCGGGACAAACCAUCGGGGGAGCUAUUGCUGUCUUUCUGGUUGUGUUUGUGGUCCAGUAUUUUAAAAAGAGACCUGUGAUUUCUCGGAGUUCCUCAGAUACAGGCACAGCUAACACUGAUGAGGCUUCACCCCAGAUAAAUCACACUAUGGGAACCAGUGACCAAUACAUUGUCACACAGAGCCCAGGAUCCUUCACAGAAGUCACAUGACUAUGACCCCCGUCCCCCCCCCCACAUGACCAAGGGGCAAUGGAAGUUAUUCAUUCUACAUCACACAUAUUUUGAGACUGUAGCCUCUUUAAUUUAUUUAUACAAAUGUAGAUGAUAUAUUGAUGCCAUAUUGUAAAUGAUGUAGCACCUUUACCGUAUCCAGAGGCAGCAAACUACAAACAUUGCAAACAGCAUGACUAAUAUGACAAGUAGUAAAACGGUGUAAAAUAAUUCGUAUUAUACAUCAUAGUAUAUAGCAGUAAUCCAUACAUUAGUGUCCUUAAAGGUCCAGUGUGUAACAUUUAGGAGGAUCUAUUGGCAGAAAUGGAAUAUAAUAUUCACAGCUAUGUUUUCACGAGUGUAUAAUCACCUGAAUAUAGGAAACAUGUUUUCAUUACCUUAGAGUGAGAAUUCUUUAUCUACAGAGGGUGCACAUCAGAAGCGCCUUGUUUCUACAGUAGCCCAGAACAGACAAACCAAACACUGGCGCUAGAUAGGGCCUUUCUUGUUUUUUUUUUAGAGUUUCGUGGCCACUGUAGUUUCUCUGACAUGCUUAGUUAAGUCAAGGAGUUUCAGUUAGAAUCUGCAACUUCACUGCUUGAUGCAACUUAAUCCGACUCACUGGAUCUUUAAGGUAAAACUGUGUAAAAUAAUGUAAGUCAGUUUGCAUUGAUUAACUCUUGUUAGUGGUCGUAGGAUGUGCAAUGGCACCGUUUAAGACAGGGUCUUCCCAAGCAACAAUAUUCGUGGCCAUUCUUUGUUCCAGUAGCUUCUGUCAGUAGCUUUAUUUUGAUUGUUUUUGUGAAAAAAACAUUAUCAAUACCAAAGAUACUUUACUUCCUGUGUGUUCAAAUUGUUUGAUUUGUAUUCCACAUGAAUAUGUGUCAUGUUUGAAAGUACAGUGUUGUGUGUUACUUCAAACUCACAGGCCAGCAAAGAGAUUAUUUAUUAUUUUAUACACUCACUGUUUUGUCCCUCACACCCUGCUAGUCAUCCUACUAUUCUAAUAAAUGUGACCAUUUAUCCCAUACUUUGUCCUUUGUAGGUUGAAAACUGAAAACUACUUUGGGCCACGGGCCAAAAGCAAAGUGUCACUCUGCCCGGCAUGCUUUGAUAAUUAAGGAUCCUACAUAUUUAAAAGGCAUUUUUACCUCACAAAUAAUAACAUUUGACAUUUCAAAAUUACUAUAUGAGACACUACUGAUCAAAGUGCUGAUGGAACCUGCAUGUCAGGUUGUAUGAUGUGUUUUAUUCCUGAGAGGGCCAGUGGGCGUUGUUUCAUUCUGUAAAAAAAGAAAUCAUAAAAUAACCUGAUACUGUAUAUAUGAACACAUAUUUGCUGCUGUAAAUAUACUCUUUAUUUAGUGUCACAGUGAAGUACCUUGACUCAAGUUGCUCUGUAGCUGCCAUGUUGAUUUCUGCUCAAACUGAUGGUGAAUUUCUUUGUAUGUACUUUUUAUGAUACAUAGAUACAUGGUGUUUCAAGGUGUUUCAGUAACUGCCUUACCUGAGAUAACUUUUGAAAUAGUAUGUCUAUGUAUGCUCUGUGGCAGGGGCGUUUCCAGACUUUUUGGACUGGGGUGGUGGCACCGACUUAUGCAGGGGUAGCAUCAAGUAUGUGUCUCAGCUUUACAGUCAUUCCCAAUUUAUAUAGUUCCAACACUGUUCACGGACCCCGGUAUGCAGAAAUAUUCAAAUACACUAUACAAAAAAAAAAAUGUAUACCACAUGCAAUAAAAAAAAGCAUGUGAUUAGCAUAAAGUGGGCAUGUCUGCAAAGAGGAGACUUGUGGGUACCCAUAGAACCCAUUUUUAUUCAGAUAUCUUAAGGUCAGAGGUCAAGGGACCCCUUUGAAAAUGGCCAUGCUAGUUUUUCUUUCGCCACAAUUUAGCCGUUGCUUUGGAGAAUUAUUUAGCCCCUAUCCCGACAUACUAGCAUGACAUAGUUGGUACCAAUGCAUCUUCACUCUAGCUUUAAAUCACAGCCCAUUACAGCCUCUAAAAGACAGAAUGGAAGAGGGGAAGGAUAAUGGGGUGGCACUUGCGGUGGCCAAUUAGUUUACCAAUGCCACCCCAGCCACCCCCCUCUGUACACAACCUCUGCUCAGUGAAACAAGAGUAGGAAAGUAACAGAUUAUGAAAAUAAAGAGUCACACAGGUUGGUGACUUCACCUCAGUAGAGAUCUACACUCUUCACCAUAAAGUUGUUCUUAAGGAUUGUACAGUAGCAGAAGUCCCCCUCCAAAUGCUUCAAAUAUUAAACUAAAAUUUUCAUUA